CCGGAGCCGAGCAGCCCGCGCUGCGCGGCGGAGUGGCGAAGCUGAGCUGCUGCAGGUGGGGCUCGGUAAGGGUACGCGCCGGACGGAUCGGCCGUGUCUCCGCAGGUAAUCCCGCCACACCUGCUAAUGUCACUGCAGCUUCCACUGUAAGCCAUACUCCUGGAGCUCCUGCACCCCAGCACCAUGUGUCACCUCACGCCGCUCCUGCUAGCUCUCUCCCUCACACUCUCCUCCAGCCCCACAGUUGUGAAUGGUGAGCCUCCUGGAAUCUUUGGUGAUGAUUCUGCGGACUACGGACCUGUGUUUCAGGAGCAGCCAGUUGACACCAUCUACCCCGAGGAGUCACCGGAGGACAAGAUAAUCAUGAGCUGCCGAGCACAAGCCAGCCCACCUGCCACAUACAAGUGGAGGCUGAAUAAGUGGGAGAUUGAGAUCCAGGAAGGAAGUGAUGACCACUACAGUCUACAGUUGGGGGGCAAUCUGGUCAUCAGCAACCCAGACAAAAGCAAGCAUGCUGGGAAUUAUUCCUGCCUAGCAACCAAUGAGUUCGGCACAGUCAUCAGCAGAGAGGCGUCCGUCCAGUUUGGAUAUUUGGACAUGUUCUCCACAGAAGAGCGGGAGGCUGUGUAUGUGAAAGAGGGUCAGGGGGUGGUGCUGCUAUGUGCCCCUCCUCCACACUUCCCAGAUGAUCUUUCCUUUCGCUGGAUGCUGAACGAGUUCCCCAUCUUCAUCCCUCUGGAUAAGCGCCGCUUCGUCUCUCAGACUACGGGGAAUCUGUACAUCUCUAAAGUGGAGGGAUCUGACAGUGGGAACUAUUCCUGCUUCGUCACCAGCUCCUCUAUUUCUAAGAGUGUCUUCAGCAAGUUCAUCCCACUGGUUCCACUGGUUGAGCGUCCCAUUCGGAAGUACCCAGCUGAUAUCAGAGUGAAGUUCCCAGACACAUACGCGCUGGUCGGCCAGAACAUCACCCUGGAGUGUUUUGCUUUGGGAAAUCCUAUUCCUCAGAUCAGAUGGAGGAAAGUGGAUGGAGCACUGCCAGUCCACCAUGACAUAAGCAUGGCGGGAGGGCUGCUUCAUCUCUUUAACGUGCAGUAUGAGGAUGAGGGCGUGUACGAGUGUGAGGCGCUCAACUCCAAGGGAAAAGACUGGCAUAAAGCACAUCUCUAUGUAGAAGCUUCUCCAGAGUGGGUGGAGCACAUCAGCAGCAGUGAGAGGGACAUUGGCAGCGACUACACCAUGUCCUGCCUAGCCAGCGGAAAACCUAAGCCACAUGUGCGCUUCCUGAAGAACGGACAAAUGUACGGCAUGCACGAGCUAAGUUUCACAGAUCUGACAUCUGAUGACUCUGGGAUGUACCAGUGCAUCGCUGAGAAUCGACACGGAGUUAUCUAUGCCAACGCUGAACUCCGAGUGUUUGUGGGCGCUCCCUCGUUUGAGUUGAACCCAGUGAAGCAGAGGCAGCUGGGAGCGAAGAAUGGACGUGUGGUGAUCGAGUGCAAACCCAGAGCAGCACCCAGACCCACCUUCACCUGGAGCAAAGGCACAGAGAUGCUCUCCAACUCCAGCAGGAUAUUCAUCUGGGAGGAUGGGAGUCUGGAGAUCCGCAAUGUUACCAAGAGUGAUGAGGGGAAAUACACCUGCUUUGCUGAGAAUGACAAAGGAAGAGCCAACAGCACCGGAUCUUUCCUAGUGACAGAUGCUACUAAGAUAACACUGGCUCCAACAAACGCUGAUGUGAGUGUGGGUGAAAAUGCCAGGAUGCAGUGUGCUGCAUCUCAUGACUCCAGCCUAGACCUCACCUUCAUCUGGUCCCUCGAUGGCAAUCCUGUUGACCUCGACAAGGACAGAGAGUAUUACCAGCAUGUGAUGGAUGGUCAGGCAGGCAUGUCGAGCUCUGAGCUGCUGAUUAAAAACACCCAGCUGAAGCUUGCAGGCCGCUACACCUGCACGGCCCAGACACCUGUGGACAACGUUACUGCCUCCGCUGAACUGGUGGUGAGAGGUCCUCCUGGACCUCCUGGAGGUUUGCUGGUGAAGGACAUCGGGCCAAAGUCUGUGAGGCUUGUCUGGAGUCAGGGUUCGGACAACCUCAGCCCCAUCUCCAGAUACACCAUCCAGUACAGAGAGGUCAGAACACCAGAAGAAGAUUGGAAACUCGCAACUACCUCUCCUCCUAAUGUAGAAGGCAAUGCAGAAGCAGCCACAGUUGAUGGUUUGAUUCCGUGGACAGAAUAUGAGUUUCGAGUCACUGCUACAAACACUCUGGGUACAGGAGAGCACAGCAACCCCUCCCCUAAAAUUCAAACACUGGACGCAGUUCCUGUGGUGGCACCUUCAGAUGUAGGCGGAGGUGGGGGAAUGAGUAGAGAGCUCACCAUCACAUGGACGCCUGUGCAGCCUCAGUACUACUACGGCAGUAACUUUGGUUACAUCAUUGCUUUUAAGCCUGAGGGUGGCUUUGAGUGGCGUAAAGUGACGGUUGCCGACCCUCAAGCCAGACGCUAUGUCCACAAAGACUCCUCCAUUCUCCCUGCCACAAAGUUUGAGGUGAAAGUAAAGGCCUUCAACAGUAAAGGAGAGGGACCCUACAGCCUCACUGCUGUCAUUUACUCUGCUCAGGAUGUGCCCUCAGAGGCCCCCACCAUUGUAGAGGCCAGGACUCUCUCAGCGACCGAGGCUGUCAUAUGGUGGAUACCAGUUCCACAGCAGACUGUCGAGGGUUAUCAGGUGAGGUACUGGAGGAAGUCGAUGGAGAAUGAGGCUUUAGCGAUGCGCAUCUCCAGCAAAGAUAACCAGACACGCCUUGACAACAUGAAGCCGGAUUCUCAUUAUGUUAUUGAAGUGCGUGCUUUCAAUGGGGCAGGAUAUGGACCAGCCAGCCAACGGUACGAGAUCCACACGAAGAAAGCUCCUCCAAGUCGGCUUCCAAAAAUCAUCAGCAAAAAGAUGCAUUCCAGUGGGACUACAGUCAACAUUGCCUGGGAGCCAGUGAGGCCUUUAGCCAACGAGUCCUCAGUGGAGUGUUACAAGGUUCUGUACAGACAGGAUGGUCAGAACACUGGAACACUUUACACCACAACUAAACAGUCGAUAGACCUGCCCAUGCACAAGGAUGGAGAUUACCUGGUGGAGGUGAGAGCACACAGUGAGGGUGGAGAUGGAGCUGUGGCACAAGUGCGCAUCUCAGCUGGAGGUAUCAUGACAGCCCAGUCCCUCAGCCUCUGUGUCCUGCUCCUGAUCGCAGUGCUCUGUCUGGCACUCUGAAUGUAGCGCCAUCCCUCUUCAGCCUUCACUCCUACAGUGAAGAGGACUCUCGCAGGGUGACGCCUUACAUGACUCUUACUCCACAAACGCUGAAAUUCGACGAGGAAUAUUCCCAACCCGGAAUAAGCUUUGUGGAAAGAAAAGACAUUACAGAAUUCCGCAAAAGUACAAGGACACGGAGGACACUCUGUUUCCAGGAUCGACGUAACAACCAUGGAGAUUCAUUAAAAGGAGUUCUCCCUCGCUCAGUAUGCCUUACAAUAUCUCUUACCCUGAUCUUUUACUCUUGGGCUGCUUGUGGUGAAGAGUGACGUCCGCUUUGUACACAAUGUAAGACACACGUUUCCAGAAACUGCUUCAACCCGAUUUCAAUCCGGAUCUUGGUGGCUGCUCCUUCUGUGGCACCAAUCAUACAGGCUGCUGAAUUCUUUCACCAGGUGCAAGAAUUCCCUAACGCUCUCUUUUUGCAGUGCGCUCUUUUUCGUAUCCGCAAGCUACUCAUGAUGAAAGAUCACUGUAAGAGGGUCUUAUAAUUGUUUUCUAUGUAGUUUGCAAAUCAGUGGCGCUCCCUUUUUUUGGUUUAAACUAAAGCAGAACUAAAGCACACCCUUUCCUUAACGGAUACAGUCAAAGCAAACUCCUAUCCUACUACUUGGACGCGAUACAUGCUGUAAUCAAGGCGACGCAUAACAGACGAUAUAGCAAUUUAUUUCGAGCUAGUAUAUGUAUAUGCAAUAAUUUAUAAGCUAUCGAUCUCUUAAUAUAUUUCAGUAUAUUAUUUCUUUGCUCAUAUUAACAUAUCUCUAAUAGAAAGAAUAUUUUACUUAAAGCUAUUUCAAAGCCCUUACACGAGAGUAAAUGAACAGCUGGAAUGGAGAUGUGUGCAUGUCGCCUCUGGGAUCGAACCGAGGGUCGAUCGCCAGGGGUCAAAUGAAAUUGUAAAUGUAUCAUCAUUGCUGAAAUUCUGUAACGAGGAGUAAUGUUGUGUUUGUAUGUGUAAAAUGUAUGUGUAGAAAACAUAUCUAACCCAUGGUUUUAAACACGAGCACAAGGCUCGCACACUCAUACAUACUUACAUGAUGGUAUUUGUGUGUGUGUGUGUGUUUGUGUGAGUGUGUAUCCACUGUGGCAUGCUUAAGGCCAUAUUCUCAAAGUAUCUCUAGGUAGGAGUGAUGAUUCGGUUAAACAGAUCCUCGACUGUCACUUUUAGUGCGAGAGACUUUGUGAAUGCAGGCCUGAGCGAUGUUACUGCAGCGCUUUACAUCGUCAACCAACGUCUUUAGUACUCACUGUCUAACCAUCAAACCAAACCGAGGCUGAACACCACCCUGCAGCAUAAGGAAAAGCCUUUGUUUUGACUGUAUCAUCAGAAGCUCUGUGUCAGUAACAGGUGCUUUGUAAAGAAUGUUAGCAUUUCGUUUUUCUCACCCGUUUCUUUACAUCCUGUUGGUUUGGUUUUAACUGUGUCAUGUUCUAAAUAACAGUUGGACGGACUCAACAGCACUGCAGUUUCUGAUGCUAGAAAAGGAUUGAGAACUGAACCCAGUUUUCAUGACGAUCACAUCAGUGAAAUGCAAAAAAAUAAAAGAAACACAAGCAUUCCAUUUUUACGUGAAAAAAGAAAGAAAUAGGAUAAUCUACUGUUUGAUUACAAGAUGUUAUUUAAGCUUAAGUUUUUUUUUUUUAUGAUGGGUCUGUUUUUACCAGUAGGGGGAGCCAUGAAGUGAAAACAUUUAGUCAUCUGGUAAUACCCAAUGACCAAACCUUGAUUAAUUGAGGAAUUCUGAUACGUUAUAUAAUGCAGAUUUGAGAAAUGCCUUCGGAAUUAUCUGGAUGUCUGUGUGAACAGCUUUUAAGACACAAUUCAGUCAGAGAUUUUGCUGCUUAAACUACUCAAAUUGAAUUACCAACUCAAUUACCAGGCUUAUUUGUUUCGUUUGAGUUGAGUUGGAAAAUCUUACAACCUUACAGAACUAAAUUUCCAUUUUCUAAGGAUUGAUCUGUUGAUUACUUUUAUUAACAUAGAUAGCAAAACAAAGCUCUUGCUGAAACAGUUAAACAGGUCAGUGAUGGAAAAAAAAUCAAGGCCUCUGGCAGCAAAGAUGUCAAGUAUCUAUAUACACCCACCACCAUGUUUCACAGCUUGGAUAAUGUGUAGGUAUGCAGUAUUUUGUACCAGGAUAUUGAUUUGUUUCAUUUGUCCAACGAACAUUGAGUGUGUUUACAUUUACUUCAGAGUAAUCAGAUUACUGUAGAACCUCAGAGUUUCUCAGUAAUUAGAUCAAUGCGUUUACAUGAUCUUGGGUAAUCAGAGUUUACAUAAGUCAGGCAAUAAUCAGAUUUUUGCUUUGCAACAGAAUAAGAUAACAAUAACUUCAUGCUGACCAGUCUCGUACUAAAGCAGCUAGAUUUCUGGCAAACACAUUAAUUUAACUUUGUAAAGCCCUAUCUGGGCAGGAUUAGUUUCUCAGGGGGGCGUCUGUGAAAAAUAUUAUACACUUCUACUCAGUGAUAAAAUCAUCCGGACUGCAAAUGAAAAAACAGGAGGAGCUGUGAGUUUUUAGGCUGUCUCGAUCACAUGAGCUCCUCCAUUUCCACUCGCUGAUGUGUUUACGUGGAUCUCCAUGUAAACGUGUGCCCGAAGUGUAAUUACGGUGCAUAGCAGUGGACAAAUAGCUAUUUUAUUAAAUGUGAGGUGAAAAAACUCAGAGAUGUGAGUCCAGACAGGACUAAAAUUACUGAAGGACCAUGGAGUUCAGUGAAAAACAGUAGAUAAUUCUGCCUGUCAACAUGUAAAAACACGUACAUGGUCAUUCCAGACGGGAAUAAAAUCGCAGAGGACCCCCCGUAAAAGAAAAACAUUACCCCAGGACCCCCUGAGAAACUAAUCCUGUCCAGACAGGGCUUAAGACAUUUAUGUCUGAGCAUUCAUCAGUAAUAGAAUGGUGCUGAUUUACUAAGUUCUGGUGUAAAGUUUUUUUUUUAUUUUAGCUGGGCAAAUUAAACUGCCUUCAUUAUCAUUUUUCUAAUAAUUUAAAAGCCCAGAUCACCUUGCACCUAGUGGCUGACAAAAUGAUCAGUGGAUCACUGGAAAGUGUAAUAGACCACUUAAAAUCUGAACAAAUGAAUUAGAGUAGCUAUGUAUUUGUUUAAUAGGCUUGAAUUACUUUAAAACCACUUAUCCAUGAUAUCUUUCACUCAGAUUUGCAAUAAAUAAUGUAGAUUGCUGAUCCACCAGCUAGCUUUGUCAGUCAUGUGAAUUUAUGUACUAUCAUAGACCAAUCAAUGAGCUGUUUGUUGAAAUAUCUUUAUAUAUUGGAAUAAGCUUAAUAUUUUAAAAUAGAAAAACAGAACAACAUUUUUGGUACACAACCAGCCCACUGGGGGGCGUGACCCACUGGCCUAGAGGUUCAAAUAUAUUUCCAUCACUGACAUUAACUGGGUAAAACUUAUAUUGAUGUGCAUAUUGAUUUGGCAUUAAUUUCAUUUAAUGUGUAUGUUUAUUAUUGUGGAUGCUAUAUUCAUAAGAGCAGUUCAUGCAGAGAUCUACAUAAUUACAAUGGCUUUUUCUCACACUUAUACAAUGACGCCCAAAAUACUCGUCUUUUAUUUGUUAUUAUUACAUAUCAAUAAUUGCAGUUAUAACAGUUUAGUUUAUUGAAAACAAAAUGCUGCAUAUUUGAUAUUUAUAUAGUUAAAUAUUUAAGGAAAAUUUCCAUCUGAGGAUCAAAUAAGGUUUUUUUUUUUCUUUCUUUCGACUACUUAAUAUACAAUGCUACCAGUACUGGGGGGAUGAAGACUCCCAUCCAUCGGGAUUGUACUGGAGACGCCACAGCUUAGACAGCAAAACCACCUGAGAGAUCAUCAAAAUGUUAUAAGUUAACAAUAAUAUCACAAUUAGAUCCCAUGUUUUACCACAGUGUCUAUUUUUAUUUUUUAGUCACAGGGUAAUGCAAUGUCAUGUAUUUGUAUUUGUGUGUGAAACCGUGUGUUUGAUUUUGGCCUCUCAGAUGGACCGUUUCCUUAAAUAUGUGUGAAUUUUAGCCAUUGCUUCAACAUUCUGUGAGUAAUAUUUAACGAUCACCACAAAGUGCUUUCUCUUUCCCAGUUUCCUUCAGGCAAGAAAAUCAUCAAAGUGUAAACAAACAAAACAACAAAAAAAAGAUGCCAAAUGCAUGAAUGCCUUUGAAUUUUACAGUGAUUGGAGGUGAAAUGGUACACCCUGAGAUGCAUGAUCUGGAAAUGAAUGGUUCGUUCCAGUUGCAUUAGAACGCCAUAGCUACUCAUUCUGCGAUCAAGGUGACUCAUGUAACUCAGCUUCAUCUGAUCUGCCUCUGUCAGUCAAUAAAAUGUCUGUUCAGCCUGAA